AUGUCUCUCAACCUUGAGAAGCAACUCACCUUUUAUGGUGCGUACCACCAUGACCAGGUGAACGUGGCAAUUCACAUGGUUUGUAUACCACUGAUUUUAUUUUCCGCCUUUGAGCUCGCCUCAAACUACGGGCCAUUCUUCACCCUCCCGCCAUGGCUCCAAGUACCCUAUCUAGAACCCAACCUCGGAACACUAGCCGCAUUGACAUGGGGCGGUCUAUACCUCCUCCUAGAACCCGUUGCAGGGGGUGUCCUGGCUCUCAUCUGCGUCGCCUCGGCGGCCGGUACCAACUGCCUUCGCGUGCACGACCCCGUCGGCACCAACCAGAUCUGCAUUGCGCUGCAGGUUGUCUCCUGGACCGCUCAGUUUAUCGGCCACGGCAAGUUUGAGGGGCGGGCGCCGGCCUUGCUGGACAACCUUUUUCAGGCUAUCUUCCUGGCGCCGCUGUUUGUUUGGCUGGAGCUGCUCUUCAUUGCGGGCUACCGCCCGGAGCUUAAGAAUCGCGUGGAUAAGGCGGUUAGGAUUGAGAUUGCCAAGUUCCGCGAGCAGAAGGCGAAGAAGGCUGAGAAGGCACAAUAG